AUGGAUUCAAAUGAUCUGGAGCGGGAAAGGGGAAUAACAAUACUUAGCAAAAAUACAUCAAUUACUUAUAAUGAUACAAAAAUUAACAUCAUUGAUACUCCAGGCCAUUCUGACUUUGGAGCAUCCAGAGGCACGGCAGUUCUUAACACGAUAUUUGAUGAAUAUGGACCACGGGCUGGUGAUAUAAGUACCCGCGACCUGGGUUCGCUGGUUGCUUUUGAGGAUGGAACGACUACAUCUUAUGCUCUUUCGAGUUCACAAGGGAGGGGACAGUUGUUCAUUGGCCCUGGAGUCAAUGUUUAUAAAGGUCAACCAGUAGGAAUUCAUCAGCGUCCUGGUGACUUGUCCCUGAAUGUGUGCAAGAAAAAAGAUAGUCUUUACGUGUAUAAAUCUUUUAAGGUUGCUUUUGAGGAUGGAACGACUACAUCUUAUGCUCUUUCGAGUUCACAAGGAAGGGGACAGUUGUUCAUUGGCCCUGGAGUCGAUGUUUAUAAAGGUCAAAUAGUAGGAAUUCAUCAGCGUCCUGGUGACUUGUCCCUGAAUGUGUGCAAGAAAAAAGGUGCAACAAAUAUCCGUUCCAAAAAAGAACAAACAGUGGUUCUUGAUACCCCACUGGAUUACAGCCUGGACGACUGCAUAGAGUACGUUCAAGAAGAUGAGCUGGUUGAAAUUACUCCCCAGAGUAUUCGAAUGUGCAAGAACCUGAAGAUGGCAAAGAAGGCGCGGUGA